AUGAACACACCACCAGCGUUUUCAGUGCCGGUAUGUCUUCGCCUUCUGCUCGCAGUUCUACCUCUUCCAGGUCAAGAUCUCCUCAAACAUGACCAUCAACUUAGCUCUCCAUUGACCUCAUACCUUCGCUUGAAUGAGGGCCUCUGGCUCCUCGAUAAUAAUAUCAACCCAUACAUUGGAGGAGCUUUUCACCAUUCGCCUCUCCUACUCUCCUUAUUUUCAACCAUAGUACCUCCACUCCCAAUUAUAUGGGCUGUGUCUGAUGGAAUGGGAGCAUGGGCACUUCUCCGCAUAUGGCGCGCACGCCAGGGUUUAUCAUCUCAAAAUGGUACGAGGUCCAAUGUAGAAAACCUCAUCGUAAGCGUCUACUUGCUGAAUCCCUACCUCCUCCUUCCAUCACUUGCGCUAUCGACAUCCACAUUCGAAAAUACCUUCACCCUCCUUGCUCUCAUGUUUGCAUCUGAAGGAAAAGUAUCUUCUGCUCUCCUCGCUAUCGCAUUUGCAGUUCACCUCACCCCCUCCUCUAUCUUUCUACUUCUCCCAAUUCUCAUGGUGCUCGUCUCUUCUCCUGUGUCUCACCUCGCUUCCCCGCAUCCUUUCCAUGGUAGCCUCAGGCGUAUACCGUUCCUCUUUGGUGAGUUCACGCUAUACUGGCUCGUCCUUGUAGGCGCAGCAUGCAUCAUUACGGGUGGAAACUGGAGUUGGGUCAGGGCAUCAUGGGGCGCAAGCCUCACACUACCAGAUCUAACGCCUAACCCCAGUCUUUGGUGGUACUUCUUCACAGAGAUGUUCGACCAUUUCAGACCAUUCUUCCUCAUGGUCUUCUCUGUUCACCUUGUCAUAUACAUAUUACCUAUCUGCGUAAAAUUUCAACAUGAUCCCCUCUACGCCACGUUCCUCCUCGUAGGCGUCUUGGGGAUAUUCAAAGCGUACUUAACUCUCGCGGACCCAGGCUUGUUCCUAAGCAUGAUAUCCAUCUUCCCUGAAGUACAUGGCUACCUCCGACAUCCCAUCAUCACCACACUCCUCCACCUACACGCUGCGCUCCUCCUCCCGCUGCAACAUGUACUCUGGGUGAGCGAGGGUCGUGGGAACGCGAAUUUUUAUUAUGCUGCGAGUCUUGUUAUGGGUAUGGCGGGUGGUGCAGGGCUUGUGGAUGCAUGUUGGGCUGGGAUGCGGAUUGCUGUGGGAGAUGCGAAAGUAUGGGCUGAGGAAAAGGUAGAUGGUGAGAAGGGGAAGGUGGUGUGGUGGGAGGUGGUACAACAGUGAGGCUAUUGUUCCCGUACCACCAGAACAUAGUAGACGAGGAAACACUGUGUCGGGAAUUCAAGCCGAAGAAGAUAGUUGGAAAGACCAUGGUGACAUGCAAUGUCAUGGCCGCCAUAAUCUGGUGUCUCGGAGGUAAAGGCUACCACGAAGAAGAGGGAGAAGAAAGCAUCCAUGCAUACAUUGCCUGAGUAGCUUGCAUCAGGAAGCGUGCAGACAGUAGAUGAAUACUACAAACAAGAUAGUCGAAUCUAAUACGAUUGAAGUCUAUCCUGAGCGAUUGUAAUAUAUACCCAGAUGGGGGAAUCGGUGAUGACUGUUUGGGUCACUCC